GAGCUGAGAAGGUACGGGGAUACAAUUGAGCAAGGAGAGAGAGAGAGAGGGUGAGUUAGUAAAUGCAGUUUUCAGUCGAGUGUCAUGGAAUCACAGCAAAGUACACUGGUAGCAGGGAUAAAGAAAACCUUGAACUAACCAAUGAAUUAAGGAGAAUAAGAGAAUAGACACUAUGGAGAGAAAGUGAGUCUGGUCUUUCAUCCUCUUAUCUGGGCAUCAGACGGAGGAGAGGAGAGGAAUCCAUGAGAUGGGGAACGGAUGAUAACAGGGUGCUCAUUCCUGUUUAACACCAUACAGCUAGGAACAGACUGCAACUGCAAUAUACGGCCGGCAUCGUCAUUGGGACUGCUGCGUUACAUUGGGAUUGUGUAAAUGGUAUACACGUGCCAGUGUGUGUGUCUGUGAGCUGAUAAUAGCUACCCUAUUGGUAUUCUGAGGAGGCAGCUCCAGGAUCUCUCUCUGCUCCUACCCAGGAUGGCAUCACAGAGACGGGAUUGUGCUCGCCUGUGGAGAGGCCACUGGAAUGGGUGGCGAGCAGGCAGCCAGCAGACCGUUCUCCAUGAGGAGCAGUAGAAGAUGCCGGCUCUGCCAGCGCUGCUGCUGUCGAUACACUUCUCCUCCUUCCUGCUAGUUACCAUGGCACCACGCUCCGGAAGCCAGGCCGCCCUGCUCUCCUCCGUCCGGAUGGCUGCGAUCCUGGAUGACCAGUCAGUGUGUGGGCGUGGGGAGCGGCUGGCUCUGGCCCUGGCCAGGGAGAACAUCAACAGUGUGAUGGAGGGAGGGGCCAGAGCCCGUGUGGAGGUGGACAUAUUUGAACUGCAGAGGGACUCCCAGUACGAGACCACUGACACCAUGUGCCAGAUUCUACCUAAAGGAGUGGUGUCUGUGAUAGGCCCUGCCAACAGCCCUGCUUCUGGCUCUACUGUCAGUCAUAUAUGUGGAGAGAAGGAGAUCCCACAUGUAAAGAUAGGUCCAGAGGAGACUCCCAGGUUGCCCUACCUGCGUUUUGCCUCGGUCAGUCUGUACCCUAGCAACGAGGACCUGAGCCUGGCCGUGGCAGCCAUCCUGCGAUCCUUCAGCUACCCCUCAGCCAGCCUGGUCUGCGCCAAGGCCGAGUGCCUUCUGCGAUUGGAGGAGCUAGUGCGGCGCUUCCUGAUCUCCAGGGAGACCCUGUCAAUCAGGAUGCUGGAUGACAGCCUGGAUCCCACCCCUCUGCUGAAGGAGAUACGAGACGACAAGGUGGCCACCAUCAUCAUCGACGCCAACGCCUCCAUCUCCUACUUCAUCCUUAAAAAGGCGUCAGAGUUGGGGAUGACAUCAGCGUUUUACAAGUACAUCCUCACCACCAUGGACUUCCCCCUGCUGAGGCUGGAUGACAUAGUCAAUGACCAGUCCAACAUCAUAGGGUUCUCCAUGUUCAACACCACCCAUCCGUUCUACCUGGAGUUCAUCAGGAGUCUCAACCUGUCCUGGAGGGAGGGCUGUGAUCUCAUCUACCCCGGGCCUGCGUUGUCGUCAGCGUUGAUGUUUGAUGCGGUGCACGUUGUGGUGGGGGCGGUGAGGGAGCUCAACAGGAGUCAGGAGAUUGGAGUCAAACCUCUCAGCUGCACCUCUCCUCAGAUCUGGCAACACGGCACCAGCCUCAUGAACUACCUACGCAUGGUGGAGUAUGAUGGUCUGACAGGCCAUGUGGAGUUCAACAGUAAAGGCCAGAGGACCAACUACACCCUGAGGAUUCUGGAGAAACACCGCAGGGGUCACAGAGAGAUUGGUAUCUGGUACUCCAAUAACACACUGGCUAUGAACUCCACCAGUCUGGACAUCAACGUCUCGGAAACACUGGCCAACAAGACCCUCGUCGUCACCACCAUACUGGAGAGCCCCUAUGUGAUGCGUAAGGGGAACUACCAGGAGUACCAGGGGAAUGACCAGUACGAGGGCUUCUGUGUGGACAUGUUGAGAGAGCUGGCAGACAUCUUGAAGUGCUCCUUCAGAAUUAAACUGGUGGAUGAUGGGCUGUAUGGAGCGCCUGAACCCAACGGGUCCUGGACCGGCAUGGUGGGAGAGCUCAUCAACAGGAAAGCAGACUUGGCAGUAGCAGGCUUCACCAUCACGUCUGAGAGGGAGAAAGUCAUAGACUUCUCCAAGCCCUUCAUGACUCUAGGAAUCAGCAUCUUGUACAGAGUCCACCUGGGGAGGAAACCGGGGUAUUUCUCCUUCCUGGACCCCUUCUCUCCGGCUGUUUGGCUCUUCAUGCUGCUCGCCUACCUGGCUGUCAGCUGUGUGCUCUUCCUGGCUGCAAGGUUGAGUCCCUAUGAGUGGUACAACCCCCACCCGUGUCUGCAGGGGCACAAGGACAUGCUGGAGAACCAGUACACCCUAGGGAACAGCCUGUGGUUCCCUGUCGGAGGCUUCAUGCAGCAGGGCUCUGAGAUCAUGCCCCGUGCCCUGUCCACACGCUGCGUCUCAGGGGUCUGGUGGAUGUUUACGCUGAUCAUCAUCUCCUCCUACACGGCCAACCUGGCAGCCUUCCUGACCGUCCAGAGGAUGGAGGUGCCCAUCGAGUCUCCUGACGACCUGGCCGACCAGACCAACAUCGAGUAUGGCACUAUCCACGGGGGGAGCACCAUGACUUUCUUCAUGAACUCGCGCUACCAGACAUACCAGCGCAUGUGGAACUACAUGCACUCCAAGCAGCCCAGUGUGUUUGUGAAGAGCACGGAGGAGGGCAUCGCCCGCGUGGUCAACUCUAAAUAUGCCUUCCUCCUGGAGAGCACCAUGAAUGAGUACUACCGCAAACUCAACUGUAACCUCACCCAGAUAGGUGGUCUGCUGGACACCAAGGGCUACGGCAUCGGCAUGCCACUGGGCUCUCCGUUCAGAGAGGAGAUCACUAUGGCCAUCCUGCACCUGCAGGAGAACAACAGGCUGGAGAUCCUGAAGAGGAGGUGGUGGGAGGGAGGACAGUGCCCUAAAGAAGAGGACCACAGAGCCAAGGGUCUUGGCAUGGAGAACAUCGGGGGUAUCUUCGUGGUGUUGAUCUGUGGCCUCAUCAUUGCUGUGUUCGUGGCCAUCAUGGAGUUUGUGUGGUCGACGCGCUGCUCUUCAGAGACAGACGAGGUACGCCCUCCCUCCUGCCCUCGCCAACACCACAGACCCACCCCAGUGUCUGUCUGUCAGGAGAUGCUCACCGAGUUCCGAAACGCCGUCUCCUGUAAGAAGAGUUCCCGUUCCCGUCGUCGCCGCCCCCUGGGCAACUCCGCGGCCCUCCGCCACCCCACCCGCAUCGCCCUGGGGGCCCAGCGGCCACUCCGCCUCGUACGGGAGAUGCGACUAAGCAACGGCAAGCUCUACAGUGGCUCGGGACCCUUGACUGGGGGAGCAGGGGGGCCAGGAGGGGGUGCAGGGGCUGGGGGAGGUCCCUCAGACAUGGGCCCCGGGCCUCAGCGACUCCUGGAGGACCCUCUGGGGGCCAACACCACCCCUCCUCACCCGCCCCAGCCGCAGGCCCCUGUGGCGCUCCCUCGCAGCUGCACGCACGUCAGGAUCUGCCACGAGUGCAGGAGGAUCCAGAGCCUGAGGUCAGGGAUGGGGUCCACGAGGAUCCCCCCCUCAUCUGCACCCUUGCCCCGCCUGCCCCCUCCUCCUGCCCCCUCCUCCUCCAACACAGACAGCGAGGGGGGAGGGGGGUCCAGCCCCCGGCAGCUCCCCCAGAGCACCCCUGCACCCUGCCUACCCAUACCACCCCCACAGAGCAGCAUCGACACAGACCUUCUGGGGAAGCAGGACUAAGACUGACGAACUAGGAGGGGCUAGAGGGUAUAUGGGGGCAAGUUAAUGGUGACUUAACUGAUGUUUUGAGCUGCUCAGUGACACACUAUUCUGUGACCCUCUGUACAUUGGCCUCCAGGAGGGAACUACAGGGAGAGAAGGAGGGAGAAAGAGAGAGAAUUAGAGGGCUCAAAGACGUUGUGAGACGUUGUGAGAUGUGUGAUGAAGCAAUGGAAAGGAUGUAUUUGCACAGAUACCAAAAGACACACCCAUACAGAAGGAGAAAGAAGGAGAGACUUCCUUUGCUCUCCAGCACUCUGCCCAGCUGGUUCUGAUAUUAGCCCAGUCUGUUCACAGAACCAUGCUCCACUAUGUUCUGGCUUUGUGAUUUACUUGAAGCUGGCUGCUCGGUUCUUAUCUUGACUUACCAGUGGACCAAUCAGGACUGAGCUACACUGGAUAAAGCAGUCAGGUAGCGCACAUAAUUUGAUGCCAGACCUACUGGUUUCUCUGUUGGUCUCUCUCUGUUCUCUCCACUCUCUCUCUCCAUCUCUCUCUCUCUUUCCCUUUCCAUGGUACCACAGACUCUCAUCUAGAGUUGGCCAGCUCUUCCGCUCUGGACGGUGACCACUGGAGGAGGAGCCCACAUCGAUCCUGGAGGACCUUUAAUCUAUGUAACAUACAACAACUGAAGACUUUAAAACUGACUCAGAGAAUGAUAUGAUUUUCCAGAUUUUUUUGUUGUUGUCUUUGUCGUUUGGUUACCAUUGUUCUAAGUGGAAGUUACAGAAAAAUAAAGACUAUGUAUGUGACUAA